GCCCGGAGGCGCUGCAGCGCUGGAGGGGUCGGGCCGCCAGCUGCCGGCUCCCGCCCCCAGUCCACAGCGCCAGCCUCACGGUGCUCUCCUGCGUCCGCCGCCACCGCCCACCACGGCUGCCCUCUCGGAGCUCCGCCGGGCCGUGGGUCCAGGCAGGGGAUGCUUCGGGCAACCGGCAGCCGCAGCCAGUCACGAACGUCCCGGCGGAGGGCGCCUGCCCGCUUUCUCUGCCACUGCUCCUCCUCAGCGCCCCCGGGCUGCGCCCGUAACGGCGGCACGGUAGCCAACGGAGGCAGAAGGCCACCAGAGCGAGACGCUUGGGCCAUGGGGCAGCUUGUCCGGAACGAGGCUAACGAUGCCCAUCUCCCCGUACUGCCCAACGCCUGCCACAGCCGGGGCUCCGCCCCGUCCCCGGAGCCGUCAUCUCUGGCCCGGGAGCCGCCGGGACCGUCGUGCACUCUCUCGCGCUCCGUAAGCGGAGGCUUCUGCCCCCAACAAAGAUGGCUGCCUACUCUGUCCUGCUCGGCCCUUCGGCCGGUGUCGAAUGCCAGACUUUCACUUUCGGGUCCCUGUUGACGGGGAUGGAGCCGAUUCCGAAGACUGUGGGGCUGGUCAAGCUAGCAGGAUUUUGUGCGCGAUGGGCAGAGGGCUCCAGCUCACCUACCCCGAGGCCCCCGGACGCGCCGCCGCCUUCCUUUCAUAUAGACUGUCCUCUGCGGCCCGGAUGCCCGCUGGGCGUCGCUGCUUUCCCCAAACUCUGCAAGGAAUUCGGUCCUGAGGACUACGGCGACGAGGACAUAGUGGAUUUUUUUCGACGGCUUGUGGAGAAUGAUCCCCGGGGCCUGCGUCGGAUUCGGAUCCGUGUGGGUGGGAGCGGCAGGCGGCUGCGGCUGUGGCCCCGCGGUGGGGAAUUCCCUCCGGACCAUUUCUGUUAUGAGGGGGAAACAACUGGACAGGAUGACAAGGCCAAGGAGGCUGAGAGCCUGGGCGCCUACCGUGGUCUCCAAGAGUCCUUCCUAUACCCUCCGCGAGGGUCUGAGCCCUGCCCUCAAAGCCCUUCUGCCGCAGCAUCCUGCCUCAGUGACUCAGACAACCUGCUUCAGGUGGCCAUGCCGCAGAGGCUCCUGCUGACGGAACAGGAAGCCAGCCGUCUGGCUGAGGAGCUGGUGUCUGAGCAGGAGCGCAUGAAACGGAAAGCAGAGAAGAAACGACUCAAAGAGAAGGCACAAAAGGAUCGGAAGCGAAGGGAGCGUUGGAGCAGGAUGGCGGGGAGUCCAACGCGAAUGUCCACAGGCACUGCAGAUGGGGAUGGGAGCCCCCCGUCCAGCUCUGGGAGCCCAGCUCAGGGACAGUGUCGCCUGGGAGAGGACUCACUGGAUCUAUCUAGUACCUUUGUGUCUCUGGUUUUGUGCAAGGUUGGGGAUUGGCCCCCCAGUGCCUGCAGAGAAAAGGGACUGAGUCAGGAGCCCCAAGGCGGGAGCUUGGGUCCCCAAGAGAAGAUGAGUUAGGAGGAAGGAAGCACUCCAGAAGAAGAGAGCCCCAGGCAGAGUCCAAAGGAGAAGGAUUUGGGAAGGCUGAGGCCUUGAGUCCUGCUUGACUUUGCUCCCCAUUCCCAGGCAUCUCUAGGGUUGCUGGCAGCUGCCGUACAGCAGGUCCAGGAGUGAGCAGAGUUUGGUACCAGCUUUGCCCAAAAUGGUUUCCACCACAAGGCCGUGGUCCUCUUCACCCAGGCCUCGAAGCUCGACCCCCGGGACCACAGGUUAUCUGGAAAUCGCUCAUUCUGCCGUGAACGGCCGGGUCAGCCGGUGUGGGCCCUGGCUGAUGCCCAGGUAGCCCUUACUUUGCGGCCUGGCUGGCCCCGGGGCCUCUUCCACCUGGGCAAAGGCUUGAUGGGACUGCAGCGUUUCGAAGAGGCAGCUGCCGUGUUCCAAGAGACGCUGAGAGGAUCCCAGCCUGACGCAGCCUGCGGGCCCCACCCCUGCCUUCUACAUCUUUCUCAGCAGGACCAGCGAGGAGGAAGCCCUGGGCCGCCCCUGUCAACUGGACUCCCCUGUGCAUUGCCCCAUGUUGAGCUGGGGCCUUCAGGCCUCCUCCCCCUCAGUUGCCCUGGAAGCGCUGCUCCGAGGGCCCCUGGCCUUCUGUCUCCACGCUUGCGUUAUCCCCCACAUCACCUGAGCCACUCCAGCUGGUCCCUCCCCCAUACUCAGAGCAGAAGACCCUGUCCUCUCCAUUUCCAGGACUCCUCAGAGGGCUGGGGCAUGCCGGGACUUGGGCCCCAGCACCUACCUCACACCAGAUGAAGGAGGACCUGUCCCUAAUAAGGCAAGGCCAUGUGUGCAUGGUUGGGAACAUCCCUGGCAGUCAUGCCUCUUGCCACAGAGACCUUCUGAUGAGAGAAAGGAGCCCUACAUCCUCUGAAAUAGGCUUUCUUUGGUUCUUAAGCAGAUGGCUUCUUCUGGGAGCAGUAAGGAAAAAUAAAAUCCCCCAAGGCUCAAGAAGGGAUCUGUACACAAGUUCAGGUUUUCAGACUAUAACAGACCUGGCAGUGGGGGCAUUUGAGGCUUGCCCUGCUUCUUGGCCCUGGGGGACUCACUCACCGGCCAGAGCUCUGUGCUCAGGAUGGGGUCACAGUAAUGAAUAAGGCCCAAGUCUCGCCCUUCAGCUUGACAGAUGCUCACGUCUUCCUAAUCCCAGUUCUUGCCCUGUUUUCUCAAGCCUGAGCUCCUCAUGCCCUGUUUCCUGUCCACCCUUCCGUGCAUAUUCUGACCUCUCCUUUGCCCAAUGGUCUGAUGCUCACCUCCUCCCACUGCUAGAAGAUUCACCAAGGGUUUGUGUUUACCAGCUUGCCAGCUCCUGCCUGGAGCUGGCAGAGCCCAUACAUGUCCACGUACCUGCACCGCUGGCUCUCCCACCGAUGGGGCCUUAGCAGGUACCCAGGCUUCUGCUACUUUGGUCAUGGUCUUUCUCCACCCCAGCACUGGGCAUUGUAACCAGCCUUUCCCCCUUGUGAAUUGACUUAAUUUUUUCCACCCAGGGUCACUGCCCCUGAAGAAGGCUAAAAUCCUCUACUUUCUGUAUAAGAAUCAUGACCUCCUUCUGGUUUCUCCUCGAAGAUCCUG